UUACUCUCCCUGUCCAGAUCGUUUCUUGCCACGGUAAACCUCUGCAUCUGCAACCAACGGCGCCACUCGAUCAAUCGAGAGAACCGCGCCAUGAGCCGCCCGCACGCCGUGCUCAUCCCGUACCCGGCGCAGGGCCACGUCACGCCCCUGCUGCACCUCGCCAUGGUGCUGCACGCCAGGGGCUUCUUCGUCACCUUCGUCAACUCCGAGUACAACCACCGCCGCCUGCUCCGAUCCCGCGGCGCCGACUCGCUCGCCGGCCUCGACGACUUCCGGUUCGAGACGAUACCGGACGGCCUGCCGCCGUGCGAGAACGAUGAUGUCACGCAGGAUAUCCCCUCGCUGUGCACGUCCUUCGCCACGCACGGCGCCGCGCUCCUCAGGGACCUCCUGGUGAGACUCGACGACGCCGGGAGGCCGCCGGUGAGCUGCCUUAUACCUGACGGCGUGAUGAGCUUCGCCCUGGAGGUGGCCGAGGAGAUGGGCAUCCCGGCCCUGGUGUUCUGGACCACCAGCGCGUGCGGCUUCAUGGGGUACCUCCACUUCGCCGAGCUCAUCGACAGAGGCUACGUGCCACUCAAAGACGAGAGCUACCUGACCAACGGCUACCUGGACACGAUGCUGGACUGGGUGCCCGGGAUGCCGGGGAUACGGCUGCGGGACAUGCCCAGCUUCGUCCGCACCACCGACCGGGACGACGUGAUGCUCAACUUCGACAGCGGCGAGGCGCAGAACGCGCACCGUGCCCAGGGCGUCAUCCUCAACACGUUCGACGCCGUCGAGCAAGACGUCGUAGACGCGCUCCGCCGCAUCUUCCCGCGCGUCUACACCGUCGGCCCGCUCCCGGCGCUCGCUGUCGCCGCGGCGCGUGCGCGGCCGGAGCUUGAAGCGAUCGGCGGCAACCUCUGGAAGGAGGACGCGAGCUGCGUUGCGUGGCUCGACGGCCAGCAGCAGCCCGGCUCCGUCGUGUACGUCAACUUCGGCAGCAUCACGGUCAUGUCGCACGCCCACCUGAUCGAGUUCGCGUGGGGCCUGGCGCGCUGCGGCCGCCCGUUCCUGUGGGUCAUCAGGCCCGACCUCGUCGCCGGCGAGACGGCUGUGCUGCCGGGGGAGUUCGUCGAUGAGACCAAAGACAGAGGGAUCUUCCUGAGCUGGUGCCCGCAGGAGCAAGUCCUGGGUUAUCCGGCGACCGGGCUGUUCCUGACGCACUCCGGGUGGAACUCGACGCAGGAGAGCAUCUGCGCCGGCGUGCCGAUGAUCUGCUGGCCCUUCUUCGCCGAGCAGAUGACCAACUGCCGUUACGUUUGCGCCGAGUGGGGCAUCGGGCUCGAGAUCGAUAGCAACGUGAGGAGGGAGGACGUGGCAAGGCUCGUGCUCGAGGCCAUGGACGGCGACAAAGGCAAGGACAUGAGAGCCAAGGCUGCGAUGUGGAAGGAGAAGGCCGUAGCGGCGACAGAGGAAGGCGGGACAUCGAGCAUAGGCAUUGGUCGUCUGGUCGAAUUCUUGCUUGGAAGGAGUGAUCCUGAAAGCUGAAAUCUUUUCUCUCGCUGAAUCAGUCCUAAACUCCCGAUCGCUGCUAUGGGUAUAGAAAAAUUACAGCAUGACGUAAACCAUUUUCCACUGUUCAGAUCUUUUUGUGUAUGGAAACUACAGGGACAGAUCCGGAGUCCUGAAUUUUUGUUGUAUUGCUGGAUCAGUCCUAUUUUUUCCAACUGGGUUAGCCCCCUUCUAUUACUUGCAUAACGGAAAUAAUAAGUUUUUUUACAAGCAA